GAGUGGGUGCAUAAAAUUGUAUAGUAAUACGUUGGCCAGUAGCAAUUUGACUUUACGCUAACUAUAUUUACCUCAUGGAGAAUUCAUUAUUUUUCAUGUAUUCCUAAAGCUCAGUGAAUAAUGACAUUUUAGCUCUAUAAAUUGCAUUAUAUUCAGGUGUCUAGAGUUUGGCAGACCAGAAAGUCGAUUUGGUGUCGUAUCGCAUCUAUUUAGCAUAUGCUCAAUUAACAUGUAGGCUCCUGGAAAUAUACUGAUUAUGUUUAUCAGUGUUCUAGUUAGGGCUUUACUCAGGAGUUAUUUAUGGAAGUCUCGAUAUAGUUUAUCUAAUCAAUAACUUUUAUUCUUAAACAUAUUUCUAAACAAGAAGGUUGUGUAAAUUCAAAUGAUCAUGGGACUAACUGUUCGUUUAAUUCCAAGUAAUUUGACUUAUGUAUGUGUGCAUGGAGUUAUCAGUUUCUCUCAUUUUUCCUUUUCCCUAAAGGAAUUUAUUGAAAUACCUUAUGUUGAGGAUUCUGUACUUUACCAAUAAUGUAAUAUUGAAUAAAGCCAUUAAUGGAACCGAGUGUUUGGAACAGGACUUUAUAAUGUCUUGAACAUAUUUUCUAAUCUUUUAUACACAAUCCCUACUGAUACAUCUGCGUAUUUUUGUAAUGUUAUACUUUAUAACGCUGCACAUAUGUCCAUUAAUUACUCCAAAUAUUUAUUAAACUUCAUUUGUUAACAAUCGUAGAGUAUUCAAAUUCAAUGGAUUCGAAAUUCAAAUUAAUGGAUGAUGAUAAAGAAAAUAACAAUGAGCUAUCACUGGACGUCGAACAGGCUAUUCGUAGCAGUUCAGUAUGAUGAGUUGUAAACGUUUUAAUGCUCCUCACUUUCUUAGAUCAUGUCCAAAGCUCCAAUCGUGAAAUUUCUAAACAAAUCUCAUGGUAGUCUUGCACCAUUUGCUGGUGUUUACUGCUAUAAGGUUUGGGUAUCUGAUGAACCACCAAACAGAUCUCGCCAUUACGCUUAUCAAGUUAUUACAACAAAUUCAAUACAAAAAGUUUAUGUCACGUCUAUGCGUGUGUGGCCGAUAACGUUUUCUUUUCGACCACCAGUGACUCCUAUGAAUUUUUGGAUUCGAAUUACACCACUGUUUUCCUAUGCAGAAAAGUGUGGUGAAGUCGUUCAAAGGUGCAAAAAGCACGAGAUUCAAACAUCUGGUACCUACAUAUCGAAGGGAAAAUCAUUUGUUGAAAUUCUUGGGGAAAGUUCGGAGUAUGUGUUGGGCAGCCCCCUCUCAAAUUGCCCUCGUGACCAAAUUACCGUCCGUACACCUAUUGAUGUGCUCCAUCUCCUUCACUCCAAGUCAGAAGCUCCAUCUAACACCGCCGAUUCGGAUAUCUCAUUAUUACCAGAAGUGAGGGGGGUUUUGUAUUGUAGACUAAGCUGUUACAACAGUUGUUUUGGUUUAACAGCUCGAGGUGAAAUUGAGUUAGUUAUUACCCUUGAAGCAAAGAAUGAUGAAUCAGUUAAUCAAGAGAAUUUCACAAUCUUUGGCCUUGACAAAAUACGUGUUCGUUGUUGUUCUUGUCCGACGAGAGAUGCAAAAUCUGAUCACAAGCUUUCAUCCAAUAUUUUAGGAUCGUGUUCCACCGGCAUAAGUUCUAGAAGGUUAUCACUUAGUUUAUCUGACCAUUCAAAUAUUCGAAUAAAUACUGGAAUUUCAAGUGCACGAAAUAGUUGUCCCAGUAAAAUACAAAGAGUUGAAAACGAAGACUGUCAAGAGUCAUACUCAUCUAUUAUUUUUAACAGUAAAAAAUAUUUCAUUACCAUGACUGAUGAUCCGGAAGUAAAGUCAGCAAACACCACACUGAGGGAUUUAUCAGCUUUAACAUCUGAAAAAUGGACAUGUUCUCAUUCUCGAAAUCGCGCACUGAAACGUAUUAAAAAGUUUUAUCGGAAUUUGGAAAGUUAUGUUACUGACUGUACCGUUAAAGAGUUAUCUAGAAAAGGAAAUGAUUACAUUCCACCCCAGGGAUCUCAAGAUAGUACAAGUUCAACUUCAUCUACAGCUGAUAAGUGUGUUGGUACGGAUAACUUGUAAAUGGAACAUAUGAUACAGGGUGGAACUUGUCUCUUUCAUCCGGUGAUGACUUACUCGCCACAACUAUGACAAUUAGUAUUAUUCUUGCACACUAUUUUUCUCAGUAUUUUUUCUAAAACUUAUUUUGUAUAGGUGACUUGUGAUUUCAUUUUGUUCUUUUUGUCAUUUUAUUAUUGGAAAUAGUAGUAUUAUAGUUAUCAGUAGUACAAAAAAUAUCACAAAAUAAAUCAGUGAGUUGUUAAAUUUCAUCUGCUGUUUUGUAAAAUAGUUUAUAAGUUUUCAGUAACAUAAUGUGAUCUGUACUAUAUUGUUUACUUGGUACCGCUGAAAUUCGUUUAAACUCAUUUUGUCUUGAUUGUCUUUGUUACUUUAAAGUGAGUAGGAUUUAUGAUUGAAUAAAAGUUGUUUUUUAGAUCC